AUGGAAGGUCUCCUGUCUACCCUCCUUGCCUGGGCUCUGCUUUAUUUUGGUGGCAGUGGCCAGGCCUGGCCCACACACACAGCUUGCAGAGAAGGCGGCUUGGAAGUGCUCUACCAGAGCUGUGAUCCAUUUCAAGACCUGGGCUUUUCAAUUGAACAGUGUUCCAGAACAUUAAAAUCAAACCUUAACAUCAGACUGGGACUCAUUCUGAGAGAGGACAUCAAAGAACUAUUUCUGGAUGUAGCUCUCCUCACCAAAGGAUCAUCUGUUUUGAAUUUCUCAUAUCCUGUCUGUGAAAGUGAUCAACCAAAGUUUUCUUUCUGUGGAAGAAGGAAAGGAGAACAGUUUUAUUAUGUUGGACCUGUCAAUAAUCCUGGUUUUGAAGUCCCGAAGGGAGAAUACCAGGUCUUGCUGGAACUGUACAAUGGAAAGAAAUCCACCGUGGCCUGUGCCAAUGCCACUGUCAUUUGCUCCUAA